AUGGACACUGCCGAGACUGUUGCUAUGGCUGAAGAUGGGGAAUCGACCGGUCGAUCCCGCCGGAAAUCUCCGAUCGAGCAAGAGAUACGAUUCCAAGGCGAUGGUAACAGUGAUAAGAACAGUAUAUACGAGAUGCUGGGAGAGGACGAUGACAUUAUCGUGUUUACUCCGAAGUAAGCCACGUGGUAAUUUUAAAUUUACUAUGUUAUUUAUAUGGUUUUUAAAAUUAUGUUGUUGUAUCUGCGUAUAUUGUUAUCUUAGUAUCAUGGUUAAUCAUACUGGUACAGAAGGUAUACUGUAAUCUCUCAUACUGUAAUCUUUUUAGAAUUGGAGCCUUUGGAGCCCCUCAAUGUCGCUGUACCACCGCGGUAAUCGCUCUUCUGGCCAUAAUCUUUGGCCUGGUCUUCUCGACCAGUGGCCUUUGUAUCUUGGUAUUCUUCGUAGAAACAGAGCCUACUUUACUGCCACUUGGCAUAACACUCUCGGGGCUCGGUAUCAUUAUGUUUGUGGUGGGAGGACUGAUGUGGUGCAGUGAGUUUAUGUGCAAUAACUGUCUCAAGAAGGCCUAUGUCAAGAUCAAAGAGGCGCCGCUUAAGAAUGCUAUCGAACGACGGAGUCGGAUGGCGUCACGGUGAGAUUCUCAGGGAUAGGGGAUUUUGAGUAGUCAUAUUUGAAUACACGAAGGAUUAUAAAGUCAAAAUAGACUUUAAAUUUUUAAAAAGUAAUGUUGUCUUAGUCGAUGUGUAAGGAAGUACAUAUACAGUUAUCAGUUUUACUUUCAGAUCAACUCAACGAACUGGCUCACGACUCUCGACUGCUACCAAAACUAGCCUUCAAUCUGGAGUGUCUAUCAGGACAACAUCAACACGAUACUAA